AUGGAAAAAAUUACUUUAAAAUUAAAUCUAAGUUUCGAAAAUUUUGGGCUCAUCAUUUUGACUUUAAGGGGUGAUUUUAAUCAACUUCGAUUUGGCAGAGGUCACGAAAUGCCGCAUGGAGUAUGCUAUUUCUCCCGACAUCCUACUAAAUCAUCCCCUAUCAAAAUUGUUACAAUACAAAACGUUCGAGAUUGCGAUAGACGCAACCCUAAUAUCAAAGAACCAUCAAUUUUAUCCGAAAUUACUUUGCAAAUUAAUGCAUAUGAACGAAAUUCACAUCAACAAGAAAAGCUAAAACAUCCAAAACUCUACGCAGAGUGA